GCCGGCGGGACGGUUGGGCCAUUCGUUUCGCAACCUCCGACAUGAGCUUACUGCUCUUCUGAGAACACCAGAUAGUGAUUAUAUAGUCAAAGACGAAUUAAGAAAUUUAUUAGAUUAAAUUAUUUUUACUUCAAAGUGUGAAUUAUUUCGAUACGAUGAACUCAAGAGUGCUUUGUGUUGUGGCGCUAUGUUUCGUUGCCGUUGCGAUGGCCGGACCUGCCGUUGACGAAACGCCAAAUUUGAAUUCGGUUCAUGUGAAUGAGCACACCACAGUGGAGGAGGCGCUCCUAAAGAAACUAAACAGCAAAUGCUCCAACCGGGACGUGAGCUCAUGCAUGAUGCUCAAGCUGGUAACAUAUUUCAACCGCCUCCUGAAAAAAUCCCAAAUCGAAGUCGGUGAUUUCGAGAUAACACAAACAACAACCGAAUCAGUCAGUGUGAACAAUGCGCGUAGUCUUGAGGAGGUCGAGAAGAUGUCCGAGGAAGCCCAGCUGACCACCGUGCUGGCCGACAAAGCGAUGAGCUUCCUUCGUACUAGGUCAUUAAAGUGGAAGGCGACUGAUGAGGCGGAAGUUGUCGUGAGCGGAAAGAGCGAUCAAGAUGAAGGCAUGAGUAUUGCGUUCUCAUUGCGUCCGACGCCUUCGACCAAUGGCGAUGCGAGGAAGAAGAAGGAUCAAGGUAUGCAGGCGCUGAUGGCUGCCGCCGCCCUCAAGAUCGGGUUACUCAAGGCUCUCGCGUUUAAAGCUCUAGUCCUGCUUGUAGGAAAGGCCCUGCUUGUCAGCAAGUUGGCUUUGGUAUUAGCUGCUGUAAUUGGUCUGAAGAAACUCUUCUCACAAGAGAAGCAUGUGACUUAUGAGGUUGUUGCCCAUCCACAUCAUGAAACCCAUCAUGAGCAUUCGAGCUCUGGAGGACAUGACUCCUAUGGUGGAGGCGGUGGAUGGGGCAGGAACUAUGAGACCGCUACCAAUACGCACCCAUACCGCGCGCAUAUCCCGAAGGUUUAAGAGGUGAAGAGAUGGCGUGUAGCGUACAACCCCUUAUGAGCAAGUUCAAACGCAUUAAAUUUGACAAAUUAAGUUAAUGCAGUGCGAACUCGGGCGCUUUCUGUGCGCACGACGGGCGCACUUUAUUAUUUAAUAUUUAUUAAUUUAUUGAGAUGUUAUUUUUCACCCGAUUUUGUUUUCAUGUGUAAUCGAUCGUCUUGUAUAUUUGUUUUUCUGUCUAUUAUUAUUUUUUUGUUAAUAAAAAAUUGAUGAAUCAUUGUUACAUAAAAUUACAAA